UAUUCGAGAGGGAUCAAUGAAUGGGGUUGAGUAGAAGAGAAGAGAAGAGAAGAGAAGAGAAGAGAAGAGAAAAAGAAGAAAAGAAAGGGAAAGGUGGGAUUUAGAUCUGUCUGAUAAUCCAAUCCUCCGAUUCCGAUUCCGAUGGCUGCUUCUACAGAGGGUUUGGUGCCCAUAACUAGGGCCUUCCUGUCGUCUUACUACGACAAACACCCCUUCACUCCUCCUCUUUCUUCAGACGUCUCUCACCUUACUUCUCUGCUUCGUACUAUGGCCACUGAUUUGGGAAUUGAUGAUGAAGCUCUCACUUUCACCCAACCUCCCCAUAAGAUUGAUGAAAACAUGUGGAAGAAUCGAGAAUAUAUUGAAGAAACCAUUUUUUUACUUCAACAAUCUAAUUGGCCAGACCCGCUGAAACAACAGCAGUCCACACCUGACAAUAUUCAAUUUUCCAUUAUUCUUGGGAAGCUCAAAGAUAAACUUCAUCGCACUUUGACCACUUUGGAAUCUUUCCAAAUAAAAAAUGCUGAUCAUGUAUUUAACACAGUUAUGACAUAUCUACCUCAAGAUUUUCGUGGAACUCUCCUCAGACAACAACGCGAACGCUCAGAGAGGAAUAAGCAAGCAGAGGUAGAUGCUUUGGUAUAUUCUGGUGCUAGCAUCCGUGAUCGAUAUGCUCUUCUCUGGAAACAACAAAUGGAUAGGAGAAGGCAAUUAGCUCAGCUUGGCUCUGCAACAGGAGUCUAUAAAACCCUCGUCAAGUACCUUGUUGGAGUUCCUGAGGUAUUGCUUGAUUUUACAAGGCAGAUUAAUGACGAUGACGGGCCCAUGGAGGAGCAGCGUCAUCGCUAUGGACCACCGUUAUACAACCUCACCUCAAUGAUUCUUUCUGUCCGAUUCUUCCUUUCAUUAUCAUGGGCACGAUAUGAGUCUAAGAAAUUAAAAGGGGAACAGUUAGCAGUCUUGGAACAAGCUGUUGAUGUCUACACUAUGGAGUUUGAGAGGUUCAUCACAUUUCUUAGUGGGGUCUUUGCAAACUCGCCUUUCUUCAUUCCAGCAGAUGUUGCUGGUGCAGUGGAAAUAAGGAAAAAUGAUGAUUACAAAGAGAUAAGUGUUCCAGCUGGGAAAACUUUUGAGGUUAUACUUUCAGUGGACUCAGUAAACUCGUAUAUUGCAUGGGAUUUUUCUUUAGUACAAGGCAAGAUAAAUAUGGUAUUGCUGCUGCGAUUUUUAUUUUUUUUGUGUGCGAAUUGGCAUGAUAUUCCUAAGAUAUCCUUCUAUACUAAACUUCUUUUUGUUUAUUGUCAGGAUAUUGGAUUUAGUUUGGAGUUUGCAAGUCCUACCGGGGAAAAGAUUCUGAUGUUGCCUUACCGCCGAUACGAGUCUGAACAAGGGAAUUUCUGCACAUUAAUGGCUGGAAGCUAUAAACUGAUAUGGGACAACACACAUUCAACUUUUUUUAGAAAGGUGCUACGGUAUAAGGUAGAUUGUAUACCUCCUGUUGCAGAGCCAGUGCCGUUCGACUGAUGCAAAAAUGUCGUAGAAGGCCUUUGCAUUAUGCAGGAUAUCUAUUGAUGUGCUAGUAAUUUUAAUAUUGUUGAAAACCGAAUUUCCAAUUACUCAUGCCAAGAUCGAGAUGUGUUCAAUUGAUUUCUAUGAAGGAAGGUAUAGGAGGUGUAAAGGAGCUGGGAUCAUAAUUAAUCCUUUGUAUAAAAUUGUCAACUGUAGGGUUUAAUAAUGUGGUUGUAGGAAGCCAACUGUUGUAAUGGUAAAAAAAGUUAUCCUGAUAUAUAAACACAUUGCUUGAUGAAGAACAGGAUAGUAAGAAGGAAGUUGCGUAUGCACCAUUCUUCGUAAUCUUUCUUUGACAUUACAAAAUAAAAAACUUUUUCGUAUGAAAUGAGGUAAGAUGUAUAUCAA